AUGGUCUCCACCGAGCAGCCAUGGCACGCAGCCUUCCCGGCGCCCAAGCCCGAGUAUACCGCAGAAGUCAUGCCUCGCAAUCGCGCUCUCACCGUGCUGAGCAUGCGCAUCGCUUCCAUGCUCAUCGUAGAUGUCCGGCGCACCGAUUACGAAGGCGGCAGCAUCCGAGGGAGUCUCAACAUUCCUGCGCACGGGUUCUGGUGGAAUCGCGGCAUUCUGUAUGAGUUGUGCUAUAAAGCAGAUAUUGAGUGGGUGGUGUUCACGUGCGGGUCGAGUAAUGGCCGUGGACCGAGAUGCGCGAGUUGGUUUCUCGAGCAUGUCCGGGACACGGUGGGAGAUCAGGAUAUGAAUGUUCUGGUUCUGGAAGGGGGUGUGAAAGGAUGGGUCAAAUCGGGGGACCAGUAUACGGCCUAUAUGGAUGGAUACAAGGAGGACUAUUGGAGGGAACUGUUCGCGAAGGAAGAAGAGAAGGAGAGGAACGGGUCCAGUGGAGCGGCGGCUCACGAACCGGCAUCGCAGAUGGUUGCCAGGGCAGUGGGAGACGGAGAUGUAUUGAAGUGACGAGCUCGAUGGCUACGGUAGAACUAUACCUCCCGGCGGUGAGCAGCUGACACUGGCACUGGCACCGGUAUUGGCACUAGAUAUUCGCCAGCCGCUUCUUCUCAAGGUAUCCUUCUCACGUCAUCGCUUGGUAGGUUGGUAUGAGACACAAGGCCACCACUUCAGCAAAGCCACCACUCUCUAUAUACAACUCGACCGACGCGAACUUCCAAAGAAUCUUCUACCACACCAACAACACUGACAACCUUGCACACACUCCAUCCACUGGACAGUGGACACACACGCGCUUGCAGCGAGAGCGACACAUGAUGGAUAGAACAAACAGCGAGUCCGGGUAUGAAGAUGCGUUAGAGAAGAUGCCAGCGGCCGCCGCUUCGUCUGCGACGUGCGCAUCGCCUACGUUGCAUCUCCCCUUCCAGUCAAGGCUGUUGAACUUGCCCCCGGAGCUCCGACUAAAUAUUUACGACGAGUUGAUGCACCAUGUUGCCGCUACAUCGAACGGUGUUCUUGAAACCCAUGCUCUCGGAUACAUGAUGGCCGCAACGCUCAAGGAGCAAGGGAGCGCUUUCUUCUUUAGCACCAUCAUCCCCAAGUGUACCAUGGUCUGCAAGCAGUUUGCUCGCGAAUAUGAAGAUCAUGUGCUCGGCCAUACAUCGAUGACCAUUUGCUUCGCGCAUGGAAUCGCGAAAAAUAUGGAAGCUCUUCCAUGGCGUGGGCUUGCUCCGCAGCGACGCGUAUUCCAGACAAUCCGGCGAUUUGAUAUUCAGAUCUGGUCGAGCGUCGCUUUUGGCUGUGGACAACCUUGGUAUGACAAGGCGGUCGAUUGGCUGAAAAUGCAGCCCCAGCAACAAAAGGAGGUCCAUGGUGAUUGGACUCCUACCAAGCAGGUGUUUGAGGACUUGCACGAGUUCUUGAUCAACUUCCACCAACUCCUGUCCCCACGAGCGCGCCUCCACUUUUCGGUCGACGUUCCAUUUUUCAAGGAGGCACCGCACAUGGUUACCAAAUUUGAUCUGGAGGCAUUUGUCAAUAUGCUUGCCGACAGCGAAGAAGAGCACUGUCCAUUCGAUCAGCUGAGCAUCUCUCUCCGGCACACUUGCUAUAUCGAUAUGAAGCUGGAUCAUCCUGAGGAAUACUGGACACGUCGACUCAUCGAGAACGCAGGUGGACAGUACGAAGGGCCCGAGGCGACGGUGAGUUGGGGUUCCCGCAUCGCAUUCUACGAGGCAACGAUGAUUCAAGUCGGAGACGACGUAUGGGAGAGGGGCGAGUGGGAGUUUAU